CCCGUGUUUUUCUGUUCUUUGGCAGGACAGAGCGGGAUGCCACCGUUUGGUCCAAGGGGAAGCUCCGGGAGCUCCUGGUUGGCAUUGCUAUGGAGAAUGAGGCUGGCCGAUGUGAGAUUAGUGAGUUGAAGCAGGUGGAAGGUGAGGCUUCCUGUAGCAGCCGCAAAGGAAAGCUAAUUUUCUUCUAUGAGUGGAACAUCAAGCUGACCUGGAAAGGUACAGUUAAAGAAUCUGGCGCAAAACACAAGGGAUUGAUUGAGAUACCCAGUCUUUCUGAAGAGAAUGACGUUGAUGACACUGAGGUGAACGUGAGUAAAAAGAAAGGAGAUGGGGAUAUACUGAAGGAUCUUAUGAAAACUACAGGCACCGCCAAGGUCAGGGAGGCCCUUGGAGAGUACCUGAAGGCACUGAAGACUGAAUUUACAGCAGGAAUGAUUUUACCAACAAGAGCUGUAACAACACAGGAACUGACUGUUGAGAGGACAGUGGCUGAGAACUCUCUGCAGGUGCAGGCUUCUCCAGUGGCACUGGGUGUAAGGAUUCCCACUGUAGCUUUGCAUUUGACUGAGCUGUUUGACACAACAGUAGAACAGCUGUACAGUAUCUUCACCGUGAAGGACUUGGUGCAAAAAUUUUCCAAAUCUCCUGCUGUCUUAGAAGCUGAAAAGGGAGGGAAAUUCCAGAUGUUUGAUGGGAACAUCACUGGAGAGUAUGUGGAACUGUUAACAAACAGGAAGAUCAUCAUGAAAUGGAGGUGCAGGAACUGGCCAGAAGAACACUAUGCAACAGUUGCAUUGAAUUUUGUGCCUGCUCCAGGGCAAACGGAAUUACAAUUGGACUGUAAAGGAGUUCCUGUCUGUAAAGAAGAGAAUACAAAAUUCUGUUGGCAGAAGCAGCAUUUUGAAGAAAUAAAAGGUUUACUUCAGCUCACCACCCAAAAUGCUUGAAUUAGUUAGGUUUUAUAAGGACAUCCUUUUGUAAGCAGAAACCUGGCCUGUUUACUUACCUCUUCUUUCUUCCCCAGAAAGUCCCCUCCCCCAAGGUCCCUAAUUUAUUUUAUAUUGGAUGAAAUUCAUGAAACUACAGAAUAUAAAAGCAUUGCUUGAUGUAUUCUAGACUCUGCACUGAGUAAAAUCAGGUGUCGUCUCACCUUCCAUGGGUGUUCCUCUCUGGAAAGUAAGUGAAGUCCAGUUCCCCAAGCUAAAGCUGGUCCCAACAUGCUACUUCAUUGCUACAGUUGAUUUAUGCUUAAGACAAAUAAAUGGCAUGUUAUACUAUUCUUUUAUUCUA